GGGAUUUUAAAAAUCUUCACACGCAGGUGGCUAUUUAGCAGUGACAGCGACGAUACCUGGCAGAGAUUCUCCAGUCUGUUGACAGAUUUGCGCACAGACCCUCUGCCCAAAUAGCCACAUGCCCCAGCCUGUGGAGAUAACCUCUUGAAGGCAUCCAUCCCAACCGAAGGUUUUGGCAUUGGGCCUCUCCACCACCGUCUUCCCCCGUCAUGGCGGUCCAGAUUCUCUCCGAUCUACAUCUGGAGGCCCCAAAAGCCUACGAUAUCUUCGAUAUCGUCCCGAAAGCACCCUACCUGGCGCUGCUUGGCGACAUCGGCAACAUCGCGCCGCACAAGGACGACUGCCUUGCCUUCUUGACUCGACAGCUCAACCAGUUCCGCGCCGUGCUCUUCGUACCCGGGAAUCAUGAGGCGUAUAGCUCCAGCUGGCCCCAAGCUCUCGAGAUUCUUCGCGCCUUCGAACAAACCGCCCGCAGGGACGCGUCGCUGGGCGAGUUCGUCCUCCUCGACCGUGCCGUCUUCCGGCUUCCAGGCCACAAGAACAUCGUCAUCCUGGGCUGCAGCCUCUUCUCCUACAUCCCGCCGGAAAGUCACAUGGCGGUCAGCGUCGGGCUCAAUGACUUUUACCAAACCAGAGACUGGGAUGUCGGCGCGCACAACGAGGCGCACGGCCGGGACGUUGCGUGGCUUAACACGCAGGUUGCAGAUCUCGAACAGUCCGACGCUGAGAUCAUGAUCUUUUCGCAUUGGAGCCCGUCCAAGGAUGCUCGGGCGAUCGAGCCGAGGCAUGCGGAGAGUCCGAUCACGAGCGCGUUCGCGACUGACUUGUCGGGUCAGGCUUGCUUCAAGAGUGACAAAAUUAAGGUCUGGGCAUUUGGACAUACGCAUUACAACUGCGAUUUUGAGGUCGAGCGGGAGAAUGGUGCUGGACCGUUGAGGCUGCUUGCGAACCAGAGGGGAUAUUACUUUGCCCAGGCUGAGGGAUAUGACGGAGAGAAGACGGUUGAGUUGUGAACGAAAGGCAACUGAAGUCCAUGGACAUUAAAUACGCCGAACUCCGGUAGUAUGUCGGAAAAUAUUUCAGAAUCGUUCAUUGCAUCCAUUGCGCGGGCCCUUAACUCGGUGCAUGUCCCUUGUGUCCUCUGGGGCCACCCUCUUCUCAACGUCCAUGGCGUACCAUCCAUCAUCGGCUCGAU